CCAUCGGUGACGCUUUUGCGGGUCGAGUUGGGAACGAGGACGUCGAUUCACACGGGAGUCCUAGGCGUCACCCAUGUCGUCUGAAGCAAAAAUGGGGACUCACCUGGUUCUUGAUGGCCAACCUUUGGAGCAACAGAACGUGAUCGAUCGAGUGGCCAACCUUCCCUUGGUGAGCUCCACCUGCCACCUGGUGGUCUCGGCCUAUACCUCCACCAAGGAGACGAGCCCCUACUUGAAGUCCGUCUGCAAUGUGGCCGAGAAAGGGGUGAAAACCCUCACCGCAGCAGCCGUGUUUGGUGCCCAACCUCUGGUAACAAGGCUGGAGCCUCAGCUUGCAACAGCCAGUGUAUAUGCGUGCAAAGGAUUGGAUAAACUGGAAGAGAAGCUACCGAUCUUACAGCAGCCGUCUGACAAGGUGGUUGCAGACACCAAGGAAUUGUUGUCCAACAAAGUCACCAGAGCCCGAGGUGCCGUUUCCAGCUCCGUCAACGGGGCGAAGGAAGCCGUGUCCAGUGGCGUGAGCGGGAUGGUGGACGUGGCCAAGGGAGCGGUCCAGGGCAGCGUGGAGAUGACCUGCUCCAUCGUGGCAGGGGGUGUGAACAGCGUUAUGGGCUCCAGAGUGGGCGAGAUGAUCACCGCUGGUGUGGAUACGAUGCUGGGCAAGUCCGAAGAAUUGGUGGAUUAUUACCUCCCCAUGACGGAUCGAGAGCUCGCUGAACUGGCUACGUCUUUGGAAGGCUUCGAAAUCGGCACGGUGCCGCAGCAGGAGGAGCCAAAAAGCUAUUUUGUGCGUCUGGGGUCCUUGUCCGGCAAACUCCGCCAGCGUGUCUUCCCGCAUUUCCUGGCUAAGUUGAAAGAUGCCAAGGAGAGCACCCAGGAUGCCCUGGGCCAGCUCCACCAGACCUUAGUGCUGAUUCAACAUGUCAGAGAUGGGGUGGACCAGACGCUGGAGAAUGGCCAAGAGAAGCUCCAUCAGAUGUGGCUGGUCUGGAGCCAGAGGCAUCCCCGGAACUGCAGGCCACUGGAUUCCUCAGCACAAACAGAGGUCGAGUCCCGGGCGAUGGCCAUGUUUCGUGGACUGACUCGACAGCUGCAGCUUUCCUAUCUGACCUUCGUGUCUCAGCUCCGGGGCCUGCCCGCCGGCCUCCAAGACAAAGCCAAGCUGAUCUGGCACAUGAUGGAGGACCUCAACGGAUCCUUCUUGGCCUCCGAUUCCUUCCAGGAGGUGUCCCCCAGCACCUUGGCUGAGAGCUGUCAACGGAUCGUCAAAGCCCGGGGUUCGGUGGACGAGAUCGUGGACUACGUGGUGCAGAACGUCCCCCUGCCUUGGGUGGUGGGGCCGUUCGCCCCCAGCUUGGUGGAACUGCCUUACCCCUCUAGCAUGGAGGGCAACGAGGAAGGAGAAGAUCCCCCACGACGCAAACGUUCUUCCGCAAGGAAAGAGCAGAAGGAAACGGAGAUCUGAAGGAGGCGGAGGUUCAAAAACGGCUCCCGCAAACCAGGGGCGGGAUGCAAAUAUUUUUAACUACCGUUUCUGUGGGCGUGGCUAGGU